UUACUGCGCAGACGACAAUCAAAAUCAACCAACACCUGCGGGUCCUUUUUAUCCUUAUCAAUCCACCACCAUAUGCUGUACUGUGCUGUGCUGUACACACCAAAAACCAAACUUCCGUCCCUUUAACUACUCUCUUCGAUCAAUCCACAGCAGCUGAGAGGGGGGGGUCGCUGUAACUGCGUAUAUUCUCUAGAUCUGCACACUAGGCUACGCUACCCCCUCCAUCGAUCAAUCAAUCAAUCCCACACACCGACCUCUAACUGCUCGUCGUCGUUCCUUCCUGAGUACGGAGUCGUUAACCUAGGUAGCUCCAGAGAAUUAUGCUAGGGGGCACAGCGUCCUGUGAUCUCGCAUGGUGUUGUUGGGCUGGUUAGGGAUUCUUUUUUAUUUUAUUUUAUUAUUUUUUUGUUCGAUAUAUAUUUUUGUAGGUGGUGGGUGAGAUGGAUGAAGGAUUGCCAACAAUGACCACCGACGGGCAGACGGACUCACAGAACCUCGCACAGAACCAGGGCCAGGGCCAAGGCCAGAGCUCGGGUUCAGGUCAAGGCUUGCAGAGCAUUGCGUGCGAUGAGUGUAGGCUUCGGAAAUCGAAGUGCUCGAAAGAACGACCAACAUGUUCGCUGUGUAAGCAGUUGAAGAAGGAGUGUGUAUACAGUCCUAAGGUGGUUCGAACACCUUUGACGCGACAGAACCUUACAAAUGCUGAAGAGCGCAUACGAAAGCUGGAGGCAGUAAUCUCAACAUUGUUACCCAAUGUUGACAUCGAAGAGUUCCUAGGGUCCUCUUCUCCUCAGCCAUCUGAUGAUCAAUGCCCACUGGAAUCUGAACCCCCCCAAAAACCUGUCUCUGUGGUUAUCCCGAAAGACGCUGCAGCAGCUCCGGAAGCUGCGUCAGAGGCACUCCCCCAGCUUGCAGAUGGAUUUGACUGGGCUGAAAAAGAACUUACUCUUAGCGAGCUAUCUGAUGGCAUGGCAGCUCUUUCAAUCCGGCCUGAAGGCGCGGGAUAUCUUGGCGGUCCUUCAAGCGUUGCGCCGCUUCGAGCACUCUUUAUGGGUGGCUGGGAUGUGAAUUCCCCAAGUCAAUCAGCAGCAGCUGGCAAGGCUGCACCUGAGUCUCAGUCCAUGAUGUGGCAGUCGACGCAUCCGGGGAUAGCACCUUCACAAGUCGUGGCUCAGACAGUUAUAGAUGCAUAUUUUGCCAACUACCACACGAGCUACCCAUUCCUCCACGAGGAAACGUUCCGAGCUCAGUUCAACGAACAAAUCCCUAGGCCACGGGGCCAUGCAUGGCCGAUCCUUCUUAACACCGUUCUUGCUCUCGGCGCCUGGACCCUUGGAGAUGAUAACGUCGAUAUCCACGAAACGUUUUAUAACGAAGCCAACCGAUAUUUGCAAGAUGUUUCGGUCUUUGAGGUGGGGAAUUUAGCAUGCGUACAAGCGUUCCUGCUUCUUAGCAAUUAUACGCAAAAGCGCAACAAACUCAAUACCGGCUGGAAUUACCUGGGACUUGCAAUACGGAUGGCGCUGAGUUUGGGUCUCCAUAAGGAGUUUCCACAGUGGAAUAUUAGUUUGCUGCAGCGGGAAAUGAGGCGAAGGGUCUGGUGGGGUACUUUUAUCUUUGAUAGUGGUGCCUCCAUCACAUUUGGACGGCCGAUUCUCCUACCUGAUGCGUGCAUCAUGGAUGCGAAGCAGGUGAAGAAUAUUCCCGAAACGGCCUUGACCGCAACAACUACAUCAGACCCAGUGGAGUGCGACCAGCCGACUCUCUACUCAAGCCUAAUCGCCCAGGCAAAAUUCCAUCUAACAACCAACGAACUCUACCAUUACCUCCUAUCCAACCGCAACCUCUCAGCAGAAGAAACUUUAAAACUACAGAUACCCAUUGAUGACUUUCUCUGCUCCUUACCACCAUUCUUCGAACGUGAUGAUAGCCACUACGACGAUUACAGCCGCUCUAAUGGAAGCUCAAAUUUGCAGCUCCCGUGUUGGUUCGAGUUUGCCAAAAAGCGCCUCUCCUGGCGCCGCUGGAACUUCCAGAUAAUCUUAUACCGUCCUAUUCUACUUACGUGGGCCACGCAAAGAUGGAAGCAGAUGCGCCAGCCGCAAUUUUCCUCUUCCACUGACCCCAACCAAGCACCACCGGCAGACGAGGAGUGCAGAAUGCGUUGCCUACGGGCUGCACGGGCAACGAUCGAGUCGAUAUCAUGCUACAUGGUGUUGAAUCCAUAUACGAGAAUAGCUGGAUGGUAUAUGCUAUAUUUCCUCUUCCAAGCCGCCUUAAUCCCCGUUCUCUUCCUAAUAACAACCCCAACCUCCCCCUCCGCCCCUUCCUGGCUCUCUGAUAUCCACACCAUCCGCUGCCUUCUCAGCCCGCAUAGCUCCCUGGGCAAAAAUAACCGCCUCGCCGCACGCUGUCUGGAAGUCAUAAAUAGACUUUGUGGGCCGGUCGCAUUUCCCUCUCCUUCAUCACCACGCCUUCCCGCCGGAUCAGCAUCAGGGACAACCUUCGACAGUACCAGCGAUGACAAUCCCCAUCAGUAUAUUGAUACCGGCAAUACUACCCCCCUGCCUCCAGUAGCUACGAGUUUUGCGAAGACAGCAGCGGGACCCUCAGGCAAUAAUAAUAAUGUUGUUCGGCGAGAUGAUGAGAAUAAUGAUGAUGGUGGAAUGCAUCAUGCAUGGGAGGCUGAUAUGGCCGGUAUAAUCUCGCAGGAGAUGAGCGUGCAGAAUCAAGAAAUGAUGUUCGGCGAUGCGUAUUCGUUUUUCACGGGCGCGGCUGGGAGUCAUGAGAAUUUUGGCAACCUUUCUGUGGUUCCAGGAGGGGUUCGGGUUGGUGGUGGUGGUGGUGGUGGUGGUGCUGCUGCUGCUGCUGGUGGCCCUCCCGCUGAGCUUGACCAUAUAGGUGGUACUACCAGCGGGAAUAAUAUAUCCAUAGAGAGCACUGCGGCAGCAGAGGAAGGGGUUGGCCCUCCUGUAGCUCCUGCUGGGAUGGAGUUCUUCGAUUGGACAGGCUUUGGUACAGAAGGGGCUGUGGAAGGGAAGAGGUAUUUUUGAAUAACAAAUUUCUCUCUUCGCCUCCAUUUUUUUUUUUUUUUUUUUCCCUGUCAUUUUUCCUUGUGAGGGUUACGACCGGAGUUGAGUAGGAAAUCAUCGAAUAUCAUCUACCCUCUUGUAAAAUUCCAUCGAUAAUAUCAUCACCCUUGCAGAGGAGGGUAUUUUUCUAUAUUUCAAAAUCUGUACAUGUAACAGUACAGUACAGUCGGUACAUACAUA